GUAGGGUGAUACCGCCUGCGACCACUCGUGUCUCCUCUACCAAACUAAUAUAGGCCAGCGGAGAGUAUUCACCCCUGUAUCCUUCCGCAACCCGCAGCGAUGUCUUGUUGCUGUGCUGUGACGUACGAGGGGUAGACUCUGUUGACCACCAUGGAUGUUUGGGAAGAUCUUUUCGGCACACUCCAGAUUGAACGACUGAGACAGAGACAUUCUUUCACAUCGACGGCAAGAUGGCUAACCUCGUGGAUCUCAGUCAACCCAGCCUCUACAUCUCUGCGGCGAUGAUCAUCUUCAACCCUACCUUCUGGAAUAUAGCAGCACGGACAGAGUAUCACCACAAGACAAUAACCAAACUCGCGGGCGGCAACUCGCUGUAUGGCUGCUAUGCUCUCGCGGUGACGAUCUUCGUCCUUGGCUUGAUCCGGGACGCUUUCUACGAGCGAGCGCUCCGAGCUCAGCCCACUCAUCCGCUCCUUCUGUCGUUGGGCUCGCAAGCUCUAGCAGUGCUAUGCGUGGCGAGUGGCAACGUUCUCGUGCUAAGCAGCAUGUGGGCGCUAGGCAUCACUGGCACUUACCUGGGCGACUAUUUCGGCAUCUUAAUGGACGACAUGGUGACUGGCUUCCCCUUCAACGUGACGGAUGCGCCAAUGUACUACGGCAGCACUUUGAGUUUUCUCGGCACAGCGUUGUGGUAUGGCAAGCCGGCGGGCGUACUCCUGACGGUGCUGGUGUUAGUCGCUUAUAGGAUUGCAUUGACGUUCGAAGAUCCGUUCACGGCAGAGAUUUACGCGAAGAGAGAGCGGGAGCAGAAAGGCAGGGGCAUGCAGGCACACGGUAAGAAGGUGGAGCCGAUCGGUGAGAAGACGGUGGCACAGGGAAAGAAGAUGGAGCCCCUAGGCGAGAAGGUGGGCCCGAAGAGCGAUUAAGGGAAGAGUACGC